GGAACCGGUUCGAGUUCGACACGUGGUCCAGGUUCGUCUGUCGUGGUAUCCACUUUAUUCCAUUUUUACGAUUUUUUUUAUUCUCAAAAAACUCAAAAUUCAUCGAUUUUUUUUUUUUUAAAUUUCGAUCAUCAACUUCAAUCUACACAAGAAUCAUCAAUGGAAACCCAAUGAUUUCUCUGAAGCUAUUGCAGCAGAUUUUGGAAUUUUAAACCCUGAUCCAAGACAAAGGCUAGAAAUGGAAGCUGAGGAUCCGAUAGCUGCAAGGAAAGUUCAAAAGGCUGACCGUGAAAAACUGAGGAGGGAUAGAUUGACUGAGCAGUUUCUUGAAUUGGGAAACACACUUGGUAACGUAUACCCGGAUAGGCCUAAGAACGAGAAAGCAACCGUACUUGUCGGCACAAUCCAAAUGCUAAAGGAUUUAACUGCAGAAGUCAACAGGCUAAAAGCUGAGCGUUCAUCACUAGCCGAAGAAUCACGUGAGCUGACUCAAGAGAACAAUGAGCUGAGAGAAGAAAAGGCUUCUGUGAAAGCUAAUAUCGAAAACCUAACUGUUCAGUAUCAGCAAAGACGUAUGAUGGUGUUUCCUUGGACCGGUAUUGACUUUUCAAGUGUCAUGGCUCCACCUUAUCCAUAUCCAGUUCCGUUGCCUGUCACUACAGGCCCAAUCAUAAUGCAUCCCUCACUGCAACCAUAUCCGUUUUUCGGAAAUCAUAACCCAGGUGCUAUUAACAAUCCCUGUUCAACGUUCAUGCCAUAUUCAACCACGACAAGCAACCCUCUGAUCGAACAGCCAUCAUCCCAAUAUACAUCAUCGUACCACACUUCUGGUAAAAGGGAUUCCAAAAGCAAAUCGGCGGAUCACCAAAGAGGAAGUAAUAGAGAGAGUAAUGGUUCCAACAACGUAAGGACGAAAGUCGAACUGAAAAAUCCCGGAUCAUCAACAAAUGAGGAUUUAUCUGCCAGAAAAAAGAAAGGCAAGGAAAAAAAAAAAGGAUAGAACAAAUGGUUGCUCGUUGAACUGGUACUCUUCGUCUCAAGAUCUUAAAGAUAGUUCUUCUAACAGUGUGAAUGAUGUUUCGAAGUCCAACAAGUGAAACAAUUCUUGUGCAUUCACUUUUCCGGUGAUUUCGGUUGCUUGCACAUCAAGGUAACAUGUUUAUACUAUGAUACACCUUUACUAGGAUUACAUUUUACCUCAUUUACUCAAAAUGGGCAAAUUAGUCCAUGCACGUGAAAUCAAAAAGUAAAUUAGCCUUUUUGUUAAAAAUUCUAUCUAUUUCUACUAUUAAAAUCUGGUCAUUGUAUGUCAGCACGAGGUACACGUGGCACUAUCAUGUUAUUCCGUCAACUAUGUCGGUUUUUAACAAUAUAAAUGGAUGAAAUUUUUAAUAAAAAGGAUUGAUUUGCUUUUUGAUUUCACGUGCGUGAACUAAUUUGCCUAUUUUUUGUGAAGUGGCAAAAUACGAUCUGACUAUUAAUAUAGGGCCGUCCAUGGGUAUUUUUACCCCAAAUGGCAUUUGGACAACAUUUCUAUAUAUGACUUGAAAUUUGUAAUUAAUUGACUAUGUAAAUUUCACUUGGUUAAAAUGUGCCGCAAGUCCAUGUACUUUUAGAAAAUUAGAAA